AUGGCCUUGGAUAGAAACAGCAGCACCAAACUACAUAGGCAACACAGUAAGAAGAGCAAGGAAGAGGAAAUACAGAACGCAAAGAUGGAGAGAUCUGAACUAGGUGUGCAGAGGUCGGGUUCAAGGCGCGCAGCGAAUGGCUACCUGCCUAUUGAAGAUUAUGGGCUCAUUGGAAAUAUGAGGACCUGUGCUAUGGUAGGGACAGAUGGUGGGAUCGAUUACAUGUGUUGGCCUUACUUCGACUCACCAUCAGUGUUCUGCCGGAUAUUAGACAAGGAUAAAGGCGGACACUUCACAAUCAGUCCUAUUAGCGACAAUCUUUGCACCACGAAGCAGCAAUACCUUCCAGCAAGCAAUAUCCUUCAGACACGAUAUCUCAAGGAAGAGGGAGUUAUGAACGUGGUCGACUUCUUCCCACGACCGAAUAAUAGGACUCUGGACAACGAGUAUCACGCCAACGUGACCGCGAGCGAACAUACUGGCAACGUACCCGAACGCCCGGAUUUAAAGAAGUGGUUGAUUAGGCGAGUGGAGUGUAUGCGCGGUUCAGUAGAUGUGAGCGUCGAAGUAUUUCCUGCCUUCAACUAUGCGCAAGACAAGCACACUACCGAGAUUGCAGACCUAGGCAAGACUGAGCACGGGCAUCCUCUCCAAAGAAUCACUUUCAGGUCCGAAACGCUAGCUUUGGAACUCAAUGCAACCAUUGACUGUGGCGAUGAGCCAGACAGUACUUGUCCAAGGAUAAAGUUUGAAAAGUCAACUGAACGUCAUGCGCUAGGAGACGGAAUUACAACCUCGUUCCGCUUGACUGAAGGGCAGGCUGUGUCUUUCAUUCUUCGGGAUGCGGAAGACCAUAACCCUGAUGUUAUUGAGACUACUCUUGUAGAUGACCUGCAAUUGAGUACGCACAAAUACUGGGCUAGGUGGAUCCAAGGAAGCAAGUACACAGGUCGAUGGAAUGAAGUCGUGACAAGAAGUCUCUUGCUCUUGAAGAUGCUCAUCUUCGAGCCGAGUGGGGCUAUUGUCGCUGCGCCUACCUUCUCUUUACCUGAGGAUUUUGGAGGAGAGCGGAACUGGGACUACCGCUACUCCUGGAUUCGAGACGCUUCCUUCACCAUAUACAUCCUGCUCCGUCUAGGGUUUAGUCACGAAGCCGAAGCUUAUACGAGCUACAUCUUCCAGCGCGUUAAGGAGGCGAAGGCACGGCAUGGCGCACUACCCAUCAUGUUUACCAGACUGAUCUGGGGUGGCACUGACAUCCCAGAGAUGGAGCUGGAGCAUCUCGACGGCUAUAGAGGCAGUAAACCGGUCCGUAUUGGCAACGGCGCGGCUUUCCAUGUGCAGCUCGAUAUCUACGGGGAACUGAUGGACGGCAUAUAUUUGGUCAAUAGGUUCGGAAAGCCUGUCACUUAUGACCAGUGGCUUUCCGUUCGGGAGAUUGCGGAUUACGUCUGCACUAUCUGGACGGAGAAGGACAUGUCCAUCUGGGAAGUUCGCGGCAUGAAACUGAGCUUUGUGUAUUCCAAGAUCAUGUUAUGGGUCGCCCUCGACCGAGCGCUGCGUCUGGCAGACAAGAGGAGUUUUCCUUGCCCUCAUCGAGCGGAAUGGUAUCGAGUGCGCGACGAGAUCUGCGAAGAGGUGAUGGAGAAGGGUUACAACCCAGAGCUAGGAUGCUUUAUCCAAAGCUAUGAGUCGAGAGAUGUGCUGGACUCAGCGGUGUUGAUCGCUCCGUUGGUGUUUUUCAUCUCCCCUACGGAUCCCCGCUUUCUGAAGACGCUGGACCGUAUCUUAAAGCCUCCAGAGAAGGGUGGGCUGACAAGCACAGGUCUCGUUUACCGAUACAAUCAUGCAUUGAGCGAUGAUGGAGUCGGAGGCAGAGAAGGUGCAUUCUCGAUGUGCACAUUCUGGCUGGUUGAGGCGUUAACAAGGGCGGGCGAAUAUGACGAAAAAUAUCUCAUACAAGCCGUUACCUUUUUCGAAAACAUGCUCAACUUCGGAAACCAUCUUCAUAUUUUCUCGGAGGAAAUCGCACGCUCUGGUGAGCAACUGGGUAAUACACCACAAGCAUUCAGUCAUUUGGCGUUGAUUUCCGCGGCUUUCAAUUUGGAUAAAACGUUGAACACUGCGCGGAGGAGAUAG